AGUACUUCCGGCCGUCGUUCUCCCGGCUUCCAGCCUCCGCCGGUGGCAGGGGAGGCUCCGUUGGCGCCGGCAAACGCGGGGACCAACGGGGGACUGAGCGGAAGUCCCGCCUCCGAAUCCCGGAAGCGCCCGGGUGAUUUGUCCCUUGGGUUGGCCUACCUCGCAGGGUUGUUGUUUCAGGGCAAAAGGAGCCAUGUCCACCCUCUUCCCUUCCCUGUUCCCGCGAGUCACCGAGUCUCUGUGGUUCAACCUGGACCGGCCCUGCAUGGAUGAGAAUGAACUGCAACAGCAGGAGCAGCAACACCAGGCCUGGCUGCAGAGCAUAGCUGAGAAGGACAAUAAUUUGGUGCCAAUCGGGAAACCAGCCUCUGAGCAGACUUACGACGAGGAGGAGGAAGAGGACGACGAGGACGACGAGGACAGUGAGGAGGACUCCGAGGACGAUGAGGACAUGCAGGACAUGGACGAGAUGAACGACUACAACGAGUCCCCCGACGAUGGGGAGAUUAACGAGGUGGACAUGGAAGGGGCAGAACAAGACCAAGAUCAGUGGAUGAUUUAGACGAUGUCGAACAAGCCGCCGCUGCUGGGAAUGGCAGUCCACGAGCACCAAGGGGCCUCCUGAGCCUGGCUGCCCCCACCCAGACCCACAUGGGUGCCCUGCGCCCACGGCAACUCCCUGCCGGGGAGGGGGGUCUUAAGGUCUGCCAACUGCCCCGCCAGCUGACCUCCUGCGCCUCUCUGCUGACCCGCUGACCAGAGUGAAAGCCUUGAGGGUUGGGUCUGCCUCUCUUUUUCGGCCCGUUGGUGGGCUUCCUGCUCUCCGUCGAAGUUCUUUUGUAAAUAAAAUAUUUCUUUUUUUUAUUCAA